CCUGUGGUUGCUGCGCGCAUCAAGUGCUCAACGAAAUGUCUGAACAGCCACUCACGUAAUCAAAAGUUGCUGUCAGUCCGAAUAAUUUAUGGUCUCACCUGAAACGCCACCAUAAUUAUAUCUAUGAAUUCAAACAAUGACAAAUGUGGCGCCAUGCAUGUACAAAAACUAGAUAUGGCAUCUUCCGCUGUUCUUUUUCAGUUGAGAUGCUCUGCCUCUCUGCACACAUGCCUAAUUCGGUCUCCACCAACUUCAAUGUCUAGGAAGAGGGCUGCCGCGGGUGCAUCUGACCUUGUUUCCCUGUUGAUGAUCAGUUGCUCUGCUCAGAAGCCUUCAUUCUCCAGCAAGUUUGAUCGCUUAAUUAAGAGUACCAUACUCUCCUCUGUAUCACAUCCAUUUAUGAGAGAGUUGCAGAGGCUCCAGUUGCAAGUUGAUGUUUCCAAAAUCAUGAAAACAACUUGCAUAAAACUAGUGGAUGCCUUUGUUGAUUCAGUGUUUGAGUUUGUAGACCAGCCACUACUCCCCUCUCAGAGUAACUUUGCACCAGUUGAUCACGAACUCAAAGAAGCUGUUAUCAUCGCUGCCAGCAAUGUUGUAGGGAAGAUUCCAGAUAGUUUCGUGGAGGGUGUCUACAUCAGAAAUGGAGCAAACCCUCUUUUUGGAGGGUUAAAAUCAACAAGUUCCAUGUUUGGAAGGUCAAGUCAUGUAUGGGUUGAGGGGGAAGGAAUGCUUCAUGCUUUGUAUUUUGAUAAAUGCAGUGAUGGGACCUGGACUAUCCUCUAUAACAACAGAUAUGUUGAAACUGAAACAUACAGGCUAGAGAAACAAAGAAACAAACCAUCUUUUCUUCCAGCCUUAGAAGGCGAUUCACUGGCUGUUGUCUCAGCAUACCUGCUUAAUUUCUUGAGAUUUGGGAAAGUGAACAAAGACAUGAGCAACACCAAUGUUUUUGAGCAUGCAGGGAACUUCUACUCAAUUGCAGAAAAUUAUGUGCCUCAAAUGAUUGAUAUCUUUACACUAGAAUAUUUAGGGGAUUGGAAUAUCAAUGGAUCUUGGAAUCGGCCUUUUGCAAGCCACCCCAAGAGAGCUCCGGGUUCUGGGGAGCUGGUUAUAAUGGGUGUUGACGUGACUAAGCCAUUUCUCGAAGUUGGUGUGAUUUCUGCUGAUGGAAAGUUGUUGGUCCAUAAAGUGGAUAUCGGAGUUAAUAGGUGUAUCCUUUGCCAUGAUAUAGGGGUUACAGAGAGGUAUAAUGUGAUCUUAGACUUCCCACUAUCUCUGGACAUAAACAGACUUAUGAGGGGAGGCCCUUUAAUGAAGUACAUUAAGGAAGGAUAUGGAAGGAUUGGGGUAAUGCCUCGCCAUGGUGAUGGGGGAUCGGUCAAGUGGUUUGACGUGGAGCCAAAUUGCACAUUUCACAUUCUCAACUGCUUUGAGGAUGACGCUGAGGUUGUGGUGUGGGGAUGCAGAGCUCAUGAAUCAAUUCUACCAGGACCUGACUUUGGUUUGAAUAAGUUCGAAUGGUUUGAGACAAGACUUAUGCCUAUAGAAUCUGGUGGCGUUGAAGAUGAAUCUGUCUUUUCUCGUGCUUAUGAAUGGAAAUUGAACAUAAAAACUGGAGAGGUCAAGGAGAGAUAUCUUACUGGUACUGAAUUUGCGGUGGACUUUCCGAUGAUCAAUGGAGACUUCACUGGACUUAAGAAUAGAUAUGGCUACAGUCAAGUUCUCGACUCCAUUGCCAGCUCUGCCUCAGGAUUGCAAAAAUAUGGAGGCCUCGCAAAGCUAUACUUAGAAGAGCAGGACACUCACUCUGAAGGUCUUAUAAGGGUGGAGUAUCACCAUUUUGAAGAGCACACGUUUUGCUCUGGAGCUACUUUUGUACCAAAAGAAGGCGGUACUGAAGAAGAUGAUGGUUGGAUUAUCACAUUUGUUCACAAUGAAGACACUAACAUCUCUCAGGCCUAUAUCAUUGACACAAAGAAGUUUACAUGUGAACCAGUCGCCAAGAUUACACUGCCUUGCAGGGUGCCUUAUGGUUUUCAUGGUGCUUUCAUGCCAAUAUCCAUACAAAUUAGCCCAGAGAAGGUCUAACAUGUAUAAAUACGACAUUUGAAUUUCUUUGUGAGGUUAGUUAGUACUUAGUCAUAUGUAUUGAUUGUGGAUGGCAAGCAGAAUGUGGUGGUUUUAAGAAAAUAUGAAUAAUAGAGCUGGGUGGCCAAGAGGGGGUUUAUCGAC